AUGAGUUCGGAGCAACACGAGAAUGAGCGCCCUCCGGUGCCCCCUCUGUGUGCAAACAACUGCGGCUUCUAUGGCAGCCCAGCGAGCCGCAACCUUUGCUCAAAGUGCUACAGGGAAUUUCUAAAGGCGGAGAGUACUGCAACAGCAACGGCAGCAGCUGCUGCGUGCAGGCGCACACUGCCACAGCAGCAGCCGGCUUCCACAGACACAGCAGCACCUGCUGCAGCAGAAUCUGCUUCACAGCAGACCUCCCCAACUCAGCCACAGCUGGUACCCACCGCGGAGUCCGCUGAUGUGGCAACGGCUGGGGCCGUUGCACCGACAGCAGCCGCUGAUGCCACACCAACAGCCGCCGUAUCAGCGGAGAGCUGCGGCAGAGAGUUGCAGGGGGCAAGUGACAGUGAUGCUGUUUCCGCAGGAUCAGCUCCGGCUGCAGUCCCUUCAACGGCUUCGGAGCGGCUGCCUGGUUCGGCAGCAGAUGCGGCAGAAGCUGCGGAAGCAGCAGCGACAGCUGCAGCGUCUUCUCCGAUUGAUUCUGCAGAUGCAGUCGCCCCGCCAUCGCCUGCCUCGGCACCUGCAGGGACAGCAGCGGGUUCUUCCCAAGGCAAAGGGAAGGCGUCGCGCUGCCAUAAGUGCAACAGGAAGGUGGGGUUGUUGGGGUUUAUGUGUCGAUGCGGCUUUGCUUUCUGUGGGGAACACCGAUAUGCAGACGCGCACGGUUGUCUGUUCGAUUACAAAGCAUUUGAAAGGGAGCAGCUGAGGAAGCAGAACAACAAAGUUGUUGCAGACAAACUGCAAAAGCUGUAA